GAUGCAACGGAGGCAGCCAUAUUUAGACAAAUAUUACUUUAGUUUUUAUUUAGUUUAUAUUAAAAAAUGUGCGCAUCACUGGCAUGUGGAGUGACGACCACAGUAUUGGGAGCCAUCCUGGUUUUCGCUUCAAGUUUAGUGGGAUACUAUGUCAUUCCCGGUGUGGUUGAGGAUCAAAUUAUAAACGAAGUCCUCCUAGCCAAUGAUACGGAAGCCAUGGAGCGGUUCGAAGAGAUACCCUUCACCCUCAACUUCACUAUCAGACUCUUCAAUGUGACAAACCCUGACGCAGUGGUCAAUGGCGCCGUUCCAGUCGUCACUGAAGUGGGCCCUUAUAUUUACAAGCUGCGACAGAGAAGGGUCAUAGAAGAGUUCGGAGAAGAUUAUCUUGUAUACCGUAGACAUGACAUCUUCAUGUUCGAUGAAAAAGCUUCGUAUCCCAACCGAGAGGACGAUGAGAUCACCAUAACCAAUGUUCCAUUUCAUGCUGUACUAAACGCAGUUGAAGAGAUAUCAGCGGCGUUGCUGCCAGCCGUCCAGCUGGGCAUCACCGGCAUCUUCGGCCAACACAGCGCUCCGCUGACCACGGUGCGCGUCCGCGACCUGCUGUUCGAUGGUAUCCCGCUGUGUCAGAACGCCCUGGUGGUGAGCGGCAUCGCCUGCAGCGUCAUCAGGUCCAUGAGCGAAAGCCUGCAGAACCUUCAGCUACAACCUGACAACUCCCUCAGAUUCUCCUUAAUGGCUUAUCGUAACGGCACGCUCGGCCAGCGCUACAACGUGUCCCGGGGCAAAGAGGACAUCGAAGACCUGGGCCGAGUCACCUUGUACUCCGACCAGCCGUACUUGUCCUACUGGCCCAACUACAGGGACGAGCUCAGCGUGUGCAACAUGAUCAACGGGACGGACUCGGGCCUUUUCAACCCCUUCAUAGAUACCUCAAAACCACUGUACGCUCUCAAUCCAGAUAUUUGCAGAUCUGUGGAGCUCCGUUACCAGGGUAACGAGGAAUACGAGGGCAUCCCCAGCGUGAGGUUUGCAGCCAACGAGUGGAUGUUCGAUAACGACGACGGGUGCUUCUGCUUGAACGUCACGCGGGGCCUGAAGACGGACGAGGGCUGCAUGUAUCGAGGAGCCACCGAACUCUUCUCCUGUGUUGGCGCUCACUUAAUCCUGUCGUAUCCCCACUUCCUGUACGCGGAUCCUAUGUACAGCAAUGGACUGAUCGGGAUGACACCGAAUCCAGACAAACACAGGAUAUUCCUGGACAUUGAACCGCACACGGGAGUGGUGUUGAGAGGUGCAAAGCGGGCUCAGUUCAACGUGUUUAUGCGGUCUCUACCAGGAAUACCAUCCACGGCCAACUUACGGACAACCCUGACUCCAAUUUUCUGGAUUGAAGAGGGCAUAUUACUGCCAGAAGAAUACGUGGAGCAAUUGCAAUCAUCCUUGAUCUCAACGUUGAGCUUGCUGCAAAUCCUCGUGCCCGUAGCUGUCGCCGUCUGCUGCGUCGUAUUCGUGGUAGGCAUCGCACUGGUCACAAGGACGAGGUUUAGGAGAAAACUCUCUUCACAGCAGCCAACCAGCAGAUAGCAAAUAAAAAAAAUAUAGUAAU